AACAUCUUUCUUAAUGCUUGAAGUUGCUUUUCUUUGUGAUGAUAAGACGCAGCUCGACUAGGCAACCCUUAGGUCUUUUCCUCUUAAACAUACCUACCUACGUAUUGCGAUUAUCUACUUACUACUUAGCCUCUUGCCAGUGUGGUAAUUGAGCAUAGGAAUUUUCCUUCACGUCGAUCUGUUGAAUCCGUCUCAGCAGGGUCACAGAAUUACAUAAAUUGUGUCGUUUUUGUAUGAUCAUUAUGGCAGCUUAGGUAGGACGCUGAUGACGCUGUCUCAUUUUUCUCUUGAAACACCCAACAAUAAGAAAUAUUUGAAUUAUGAUCUGUAUAAUAUAUGUCUGAGUAAGGGAUAUGAUAUGAGUGUCUAUUUAUUGAGGAAUUAUAUUAUGUGGGUUGUAAUUCCAAUUUAAUAACACAACGUAAUACUUGCCGUGAAAAAAUUGGCACUUGUCAGGUGCCAUACAAAACGACGUCACAUUCUUCAUUCAUUGUGCCGCGGCGCACAUUUUGUGAGUCGCCGCGUGGACGCUAGGCUGAGUGGGGGCGGCCAAACCGGUGUCAGUUCGCAAACAGCCGAGGCCGUGCAAGAUUGUGUUUCCGAACGCAACACGACGUACGGGCGGUUACCGAACGUGAAAGAAAUGUCAGUUUACCCCGAUAUUUUUCGGCGGCCUACAUAAAUCCUUCGAUUUUUCGAACUAUUGUGAUUUCGUAAUUAUAAAAGGACAUUGAAAUUGUGAAUUUUAAUUGAUUAAUAUAUAAUUCCGUGGUGUGCAGCGUGUGAUUUACGAUUUUAUUACAAAGUUAUCGAUGUUAAUGUGUUUUAGUAACCCAGUUGCGUACACCAUAACAAAAUAAGUUUAUAUCGAAAUUCAGAGAAGUCUGAACUGUUUUCGUGUUAGAAAAUGUCCGGUGACUCGCUUUCCUAGCAAAUUAAAGUUGGUGUAACGAAUCGUUGACUGCUGUGACCUUAUUCGAGUGGAUUACGUUUAUCGAAUAUUAGUUAUGACCUUCUAGAUGAAGGAGUCGUAUCCUGAUGAAAUUAUGCUCUGUUUCGUCCAAGGAUUUGGUGAGAGUGAGCGUGGGUUUAAUAAGAACCGUGAGUUUGACGGCAAUGUGUCAGAGGCUGCUCUGAAGUACAAGAAGCAAGGUAAACGCGUAUCUCUGCAGUUGGAGGAAGGGGAGAUUGACGAUCCUGUUGAGUUAAGGUCUAAGAAGUCGCAAGGACUUGUGACUGGCAAGUCAUUGAGGCUGUCAUCAGGUACGCGCCUCCCGGAGGUGAAAAGAAGCUUGAGUGACCGCUUCUCAGUCAUCACCGAUGCAGGAGGGAAGAGGCCAGCGAAAGGUCUCUUGACCAUACGGAAGACUUGGUCAACCGGCAAUUUCGCGGCCGGCGCGGCGGGUGGCGGGUGUGGGGCUCCGCGCUCCGCCCCCGCCACCCCGCUGCAGCUCGAACCUCACCCCCGCUCCACCAAGCAUGAUAAACAGGCCAUAAAGCCGCUAUCAGGGUCGGCGCCGUCGGUGCGGGCUGCGACGCUGAACUCGGCAGGCACGGGCGACACGACCGAAGGCAAGCAGCCCAGCAAGUCGCGACAGAAGAAGUUCCAAAGGCAUUUCCCGCAGGUCGGGCCUGAAGAGAAGGUGCUCAAUUAUUACUCAUGUGCCCUGGUGGGUGAUCUGCUUCUUCAAGGUCACCUGUAUAUCACGAAGAACUACUUCGCUUUCUACUCGAAUGUGUUCGGCUAUGUGACCAAGCUACUAAUCCCAAUAAUAUCAGUCCUCCGGAUAACCAAAGAGAAGGUGGCUCGUAUCAUCCCCAACGCAGUUGGUGUAUGCACUCGCGAUGAGCGACACGUGUUCGGCUCGCUGCUGUCGCGAGACUCCACCUACAAGCUCAUGAUGCAUGUCUGGAAGGCCGCUAGAGCACCAGAGUUGGCGACUCCUAAACCUCAGGAUCUCCGAGCAUCAGAAGUAGAGCUGGAGGUGUCGGAGUACUCUCCGGAAGACGACAGCAGUUCGGCGGGAGGGGACCAACACGACGCGCCCUCGCCGCCCGUCCGACGAGAGUCCGAAGCCAUCAUAGCUGCAGCAGGUGGUGCGGCAGUGAUCCAGCCCGCGCUGCUGACGGGCAGCGGCACAUCCCGCCGCGCUGCGGGGCGGUGGUGGCGGCCGCUGCUGGCGCUGCUGGCCGCGCUGCUCGCCUGCAGCGCCGCGCUGCUCGCAUACCGGCUCUACCUCGCCACAUACCACACACCGGAGGACCUAGUAAAGUUAUCAGGCGAGGAGUUAUAUUCGGAGCUAGUGCGAUGGCGGGCGCGGCUACACGGCCGGGCCGCCAACGAGUUGCAUGCAUUCCUCACUACUAACCUACUGUUGCUUACCAAGGUACGACAAUCCCUAGAAGCGUUAUCAGGCGUGAUACUAACCGACAUGGCGCAGUCCGGCGCCGCCGAGCUCAACAUCGACGUGCCCAACGAGACCGUCUUCAGUUAGCAACACUACGAUAUAGCAGCUGGUAAUGUACCAUGUAGUCGGUGUUGCCAUGUUAUGUGGGCCACGGGUUGCCAGUUAGGUGAAAGAUUUUUUUUGCGCAAACACUUGUUAUUUUUGCGCAAAUGGGGGUUAUUUUUGCGCAAACACAAUACACGUAAAUCGAGGAUUUUUUGCAAUUCCUUUAUAACGCAGAUCCGUGAAAGACACAAUCGAUUUAUUAUCUGUAUGAAACUUAAUCAACACUGUUAAAGUGGUAUCCAAAGUCAGAUCUAACAGAUAAGCAAAAUGUCUUUAUUUAAAUGAAAAGUUGGUUUUAUCUUCGCUUUUGCGUGCUUCAAAAGGCAAUCCAAGGUUCACAGAACACCUCGGUUAUUAAGAAGUAUUAUUGUCACCACGCUUGCUAAGAUUAUGUGGAUAUCUCCGAGGAAAUAUUAUUGUAUUUAGUUGACAGCCACUGUCACAAAUAUCCGACAAGGAAACGCUUUUCCAUGUCUCAGUGAGACGGAAGUGAUACUAGUUAUUAUUUAUUUAUGCUAUUUUUCAGUUGUAUAAAGGUUGGGUAGAAUAUCCAAAGUUUGGUCUCAACUAACGGUGAAGAAAGGUUUUAUUACACGUUAUGAAUUUUAUUGAUAAAUAAUCGACACUUAAUGGUGUAUUGUGUCCAAAAUAUUAGAGAUUAGCGUCGGAAUAAAAUGACGCUCGCUCUAACUUAAUUUUAAUAAAAGUAAAGUCUUUCUGAUUCACAACAACUUGUAAGUGUUCUGCACUUUUAACAAUAAUUAAAUGUUUUAAAGUUCUGACCUCAAAUGACAGAUUCAAUUCUGUUCCUUGCAUUUGUUUAAAUAAUUGAUGUUGUUUACGCAUUCAUUUUAAAAAUAUUAGAGAUUUUAAAUUAUUUUUUGCUUCAAUAAAUGUUGACAUUUAUAUUGAAAAAUCAUUAAUCAUGAUACCAAAUAAUCGUGUCUUCACAAGUAUUAACAUAGUAAAAAUAUUUUAGAUGUUUUGUUCGGUGACAUUCUAUGAAAUCAAGUGUCAGACAGUCAUAUGUAGCAUCUAUUCUAAUGAUUCAGGUUAAAAUUACCAUAUAAUGCCGAUAUCGCAAUACUUUUAUUGGAUGCAGUCAGAAGACAUGCUUCUUAUUCCGAUAAAAUGAAGUUUAGAAAGAUUUAUGAGAAGCUAAAGUCCAUUUAGCUUUCCUUCUAAAUUCGUCUCCGAUAAAUAUUAAAUCGGAGCCAAUAAAUGUUCUAUCGGAACCGAUAAAUAGCAAGCGAUAACGGCAAUAUAGAAAGGAGUUUUAACAUUUCAAUCGUAUAUCAUUAUGUGAUUUGUAAAUAAGCGGCAAGAAGCCGUAAUGUCUAUGAGGCAUUGCUACGUCAUAUUAAUUUGUGUCAAACACAAACGUGUAGAGUAAGAUGCGUGUGUCGAGAUGAAUGAACGAUCGACUUGAUGAUAAUACACAAAUAAUAAGUACACCUACAACAUGUGUGGGAUAUUGUUUGUUCACAGGCUCGUCUGUGAUUAAAACGGCAUUUAAAUUAUCUCAUUUCACUCGCGAUAUUUUAUUUACCGUACAAUUUUCUCUUUGCCUUCUGUGCAAGUUUCGCAUUCCUUCUAACGUCCUACGUCCGCGGUUUAACGUACAUAUGUGUAUUGUUUGAACAUUGUAAUAUGAAAUAGCAUCGCGUUCCUUCGUCUCGGCUUAUUGAUAGAUAUUUUCAUAAUCACAAUUCUAUAACUUCGGCAAUCUUUCAUAUAUUUGUGUAAAACGUUAAAUUGUUAGGCUUAGUCUUGGUGGAGAAACGAAUAAAUAAUCUUAGUCAAUGUUGCUGUAAUAUUAUUCUUGUAUUAUUGCGUAUUUUAUUAUAAGUGGAUUGGCGUCAUAGUUGUGUCUGGCAGUUUUCUCCGAAUAUGAAAAUACGUUUGUAAUUUCUAUGUAGAAGACGUGUUGAAUACGAUAUUACAACGGAUAAGAAUCGUAGAGUGAUUUCACUGGAGAGUAUACAAUUGUGAAUGUGAUAGUGUCAGAAGGCAGGUGCUAGUAUUUAGAUAAGAGUUAAUAUAAAACCAACAUUCCUCGUUUGAGAAAGUAUCCACAAGGUGUCGGGAGUGGAGAGCGUCCAGUCGAGCCCAGCGUUUGCUUCAACAGAUCGUUUGCCAAAUAGCUUCGUAAUGUUUCUUGCCAAUAUGUAAUGACAUUGAUAACUCAGUAGACGCAACUAUGUUUGUGCACCUAAUAUUUCUGUAUCGAUUACAAACAAGCUAAAAAUUAUUUCCUUAAAUUACACAGCUAAAGCUAACAAAAAUACGCAAACUGCUAUUUUGACAAUAAUGAACUUUAGAUUAAAACAAUCUUUUGAAAUAUUCAUACAGUUUUAUAACAUUUUAUCGAUGCAAGAAGUAUUAGGUUUUAAAGUUAGUUUGAUUUAAAAAUAAUAUCUAGUAAAGCUAAAGUUUUGAAACAUAGAAAAUCUAGUUCUGAGUGAUGCAGGCGUAAGCCGAUCAGUUUUGGACGGUUUUUUAAAAUAGUGUUGUUUAUAGAAGUAACUAUGUACUUUGUAAAGUUUAUGUAAUUAAUAAUUUAUUAUUCUAGUCUUUGGUCAAGCUCAAGGAUUUGUUAUUCGGUUCUAUUGGGGUUAGUAUGUACUUAGAAUGAUUUUAAAACUAAUGUAAGUGUGGAAUUAUGUUACGGGCACUCGUAAAGUAUGUGCAAUCAAAAAUAUUAUGUAAAGAAUAUUAUGUUUUAACACAUUUCCUAUUUAUUGUAGAUCCAAUUACAGUUUGUUAUUUUAUAUCGGAGGCCGAGAGGUUUUUGUUAGAUAAUGAUAUAUUUUAGCACAUUGCAACACUAUAUUUAGACGAUGCUAGCUAAUUAUUUCCCUCGAACAAUUCACUCGAUGUAUUAUGUACAAAUAUGUUCGUUGUAUCACGUAGGUUAAUUGGCUGUUGUUAAUACUUUAUGUGAUAAGGGCCUAAUGUUGUUGUGCUAGGUUACCAUCUGUGCCAAAGUGCUCCAUCACUGUUUGUAUUCCAAAUGACAGAUUAGGCCUUUAUAUGUAUCCUUAUAUAGACGUACCGACUUAUGCUUGUUCACUGAGCAAUCGACCGAGCGAAGUAAGAGUGUUGCAAGUCCAACGCUUGCUAUAAGUCGUGGUGUAUUGCUCAGUCAUCGGUGGAACAACACUUAUCCUCGCUCCAUGAGUUAUAUUUCAUGUUAUUUAAGGCUGUUUACGCUGUCCUAUACGAGUCAUUAUCGGAAAUAAUUAAUAUUGCCAAAGACAAAAAACACUAGAUUAAAUGAAAUAUCAAAAGUAGAGAUAGUGAGGUUUGUACAAUAGUUAGUUUUAGGUAGGUCGUGCUGUUAAUUUUGAAUUAUUAUCAUGUAAAUAUAAUGAUUUUACGUUAUUUUAGUAUUUUAUUGAAUUAUUAUUUUCUGGUGCAAUACGAGGAACCAGUGAGAUGACAGAGUUUAUGUUAAUCAAAAUUGUGUUGACGAACAAGCAUAUUAUUGUAUUUUUAUUUUUUAUGAAGUUUUAUUGCAAAAUUAUUAUUGAACGACAAUUAACACCUUUAAAUGCACUUUAUGUGGAAUAUCUAUGCUUGGACCAAUAUAGGCAUCAGCUUUGUAACAAAUGUUAUAGCCCAGAAUAAUGAUAUGAACCUACUAAAGUUUGUGUAUGAAACGUAAAAUAGCGUAAUUGUAUCAAUGGGUGAUAGAACUGAUUUAUGAUUAUUAGUGAUUUUAAGUUGUACCACUUAGGAAUUGUUAUGGACGCGUAUGUUGUAUGAUUUCAAAGUUUGUUUUGUAUAUUUUUGUUUGAAGUUGUGAUUCGUUUGUUGAUUUUGUAAAUAAUAGAUAGAUGAGUUAAUUGAACAUGA